UCUUAUCCCUUCCCUUCCUUUCCUUUCAAAUGCACAGUGGAACAAGACGUGCUGUGUGGGAAUAGCAAAUAUAGAUAUAUUCGUUUUUUCUUGGAUUGUAUAGGUUACUGGUUUUCAACUCUGUUAUUUUCAAUUGAUAAAGUUGUAGUCUAUUGAAACGUCAGUAAAAUUUUGAAUGCCAAUAUUAUACUACGUAAAUGAUAAGACUUUUUAUCAUUUCUACCGUUGCCAAAUCGCCCUUUGGAUAAAAAUGAGCACUUGAUGGGAAUUGGACUAUAAGGAAAUGAAGAAUCUUGAUAUCUUCGAUUUGAAGGAAUGUCAGUGAGCGGCCCUCCUAUAUAAGAUGGUUCCCAGUGUGUGUGGUGUGUCCCUGGCUGUGGUGUUGCUGACCCUGGUGUCUCCUGGUGGUGCCUGCCCUCUGCCCUGCUCUUGCUACCAGCCCACUGAACUACACUGCACCUUCAGAUCUCUGGUCAACAUACCACAGCCCCUACCACAACACACACUACACAUCAACCUGGGGUUCAACAGUAUCAGCAGGAUCCCAGACAGCUCAUUGGCCGGUCUGAGGAGGCUGGCGCUGCUGAUGCUUCAUGGGAAUGACAUCCAUGAGAUUCCUGACGGAGCUUUCCAAGAUCUGUCUUCCCUUCAGGUCCUGAAGCUGAGCUAUAACAAGCUGAGUGAGAUCUCAGCAAAGAGCUUCUCAGGCCUGUCCUCUCUACAGCGCCUCCACCUGGAUCACAACUGGCUGCAGUCCCUCCACCCCCAGGCCCUGCUCAGCCUCCCCAACCUCAGACUGAUCCGACUGCAGGGGAACCGGCUCCACCAGCUGCACCCGCAGGCCUUCUGCACUCUGUCCCUACUGCAGACAUUCUGCUACUCCACCCUCAGGCAUCUGGACGUGUCCAACAACAGUCUGACUAACCUGCCCAGAGACAUACUGAGGACCACCCCUCUUCUGGAGUCCCUAGCUCUGCAGGCCAACCCCUGGACCUGCGACUGCAGCAUGGCUUGGCUGCAGGCCUGGAGCAUCUCUCACCCAGGGUUGUUGAAAUGUCCGGGGCCACAGUGCCUGGUCUGUGCCUCACCCAAUCACCUGAAGGGACGUGGUCUUUUGCAGCAGAAAGACUUAUCCUGCUCCUCGCCUGUAAUUGCCACCAAUCCCAGAGCCUCAUCUCAGGAGGAUGGCGGAAUUCAGUCAAUAGAAACUUUUAGAGAGGCUUUAGGUCACGCCUCCUUGGGGAUGUCCGACCAACAGGGGAAUGCCGUUGAUCUGAAGUGUAACAUCACACACUCCUCACAGACUCCUGACAUUACCCCACCACAACUUUCCUCCUCCUUCACCCCCCUCUCCCUCUCUCUUUCCCUUUCCCUGGUCUGUGGGGUGGAUGGGCACAGCUAUGAGAGGCUGUGGAGGCUGAUGGCCUACUACAGUGAGACACCUGCCAGGCUUCAGAGAGAAAUCAUGUUGAGUAAAGCCCCAACACUUGCCUACAGGUACAGACAGAGAGCAGAGAGAGAGGGCUACUACCAUACAGGGGUCAGGGCCAGUGUCCAAGCCCAUCCUGCCUGGUUACUGCAGCCCCAUGUUAGUCUCCAGUUCAACAGAGCUCAGUCCAGCACCCACAGGGUUAAACUGACCCUGUCCACCCUGGUGUCUGCCCCCCCAGACCCCCCAUCCCAACACCCCUGGGUCCUCAUCCAGACCAACCACACCCAGACAGCUUUUAUAGGAGCCACAGACAGCCAGAUCCACCUGCCCUGUCCUGUCCUUAGCUCUACUGAGGACCUAAGCUCUGGAGACCUCAGGCUCCAAUGGGUGUUUCCAGAUGGUUUAACAGUCUCCUUCCCCUACCAUAGCUCAGAUGGUAGGGUCCGGGUGUCUGGUCAAGGGCUGAUCCUGCAGAGAGUGGAUCACUCUGAUGCUGGACUGUACUACUGCGUGGCCCGGGCGGGAGGAAAUGUCGAUGUUCUCCCCCUCCGUCUGGUGGUAGUAGAAUCAUCCAAUGCUCCCCCAGGGGAGGAGCUAGGCGCUGCUGUGACUGGAUUGGUUGGAGACCCUGUCAGUCUACCGUGUGAGGCCUCUGGUUCACCGAAGGUUGAGGUGAACUGGGUUCUUCCUGACGGGGAAGUGGUAGGGAGUAGGAACAAGGGGAGAAGAAGGGGGGAGGCAGGGAUGACUGUCUUAGCCAAUAGUACCCUGUCUCUCCCCUUCCCUGGGCAGAGAGACGCAGGACUAUACCGUUGUGUAGCGGUGAACCAGCAUGGUGCUGACUCUCACUCCACCAGACUGAUUCUAACCCCACGUCCUACCGACACCUCAUCAAGCAUGAGAUAUCCCAUGAGGCCACAGUCUGUGGUGGGGUUGUCCAACAGGGUACCAGCCCCUCUAGGGGUCAAGGAGGUUGAAGAGGGGGUGUCAGGAAAUGACAAGGAGGAGGAGGAGAACAUACUGCACACCAGGGCAGGUAACACCAGGAGGAGAGGUCUUAGACCUAAACCUCCUCUGACACGGCGCCCCCCCAUCAGAUCUCACAUGGUGAGGGUGGAGGGAGGCGGACCCCCUCAGAGGGGAAGGAGGCCCCUGAGGAGAGGCUUCCCUGUGGAGCAGAAGAGGAACAGGCUGGAGGGCCGUCGGAGGUUUAACCUGGCCAAACACAAGAUAGACCCUCAGAAAUGGGCCGAGCUGCUGGCUAAGAUACGUGAAAGGACUGCCCCUAAAAUCACAGACUCCCUGUAUGUAUCACCCCCAACUAGAGCACGUACUACUACCUCAGCCCCCCCAACUAGAGCAAAGACAACCACCUCAACCCCAACUGAAGCAAAGGAAACCACAUCAACCCCAACUGAAGCAAAGACAACAACCUCAACCCCAAGUGAAGCAAAGACCACAACCUCAACCCCAACUGAAGCAAAGACAACAACCUCAACCCCAACUGAAGCAAAGACAACCACAUCAACCCCAACUGAAGCAAAGACAACAACCUCAACCCCAACUGAAGCAAAGACAACCACAUCAACCCCAACUGAAGCAAAGACAACAACCUCAAAUCCAACUGAAGCAAAGACAACAACCUCAAAUCCAACUGAAGCAAAGACAACAACCUCAACCCCAACUGAAGCAAAGACAACAACCUCAAAUCCAACUGAAGCAAAGACAACCACAUCAACCCCAACUGAAGCAAAGACAACAACCUCAACCCCAACUGAAGCAAAGACAACCACAUCAACCCCAACUGAAGCAAAGACAACAACCUCAACCCCAACUGAAGCAAAGACAACCACAUCAACCCCAACUGAAGCAAAGACAACAACCUCAAAUCCAACUGAAGCAAAGACAACCACACCAACCCCAACUGAAGCAAAGACAACCACCUCAAACCCAACCGAAGCAAAGACAACCACCUCAAAUCCAACUGAAGCAAAGACAACAACCUCAACCCCAACUGAAGCAAAGACAACCACCUCAAAUCCAACUGAAGCAAAGACAACCACAUCAACCCCAACUGAAGCAAAGACAACCACCUCAAACCCAACCGAAGCAAAGACAACCACCUCAAAUCCAACUGAAGCAAAGACAACCACCUCAAACCCAACCGAAGCAAAGACAACCGCAGCAGCCCCAACUGAAGCAAAGACAACCAGAAUGCAGACAACCAGAAUAAAGCCAGGCAGCACACAACCAAAGACCACACAACCAAAGACCACACUACCAAACACCACACUACCAAAGAGCACACCAGAGGUUACAGUGGGAGGAAAAUCCCCUCAACGUACUGUAUUGGAGUCAGAGGCUGAUACCACAGAGGGUUUUUCCACAGAUGUCCCCAGUCUACAGGAAGAGGGGUUGAAUACUGUCCACACAUCACUGAUCCCAGACCUGCUAACAAAGGAUAGAGUGGCCCCAGAGACAACAAACACUGCAGAUAAGACCAAUAACUUCCCCCAGACCCCUCAGUCAAACACAGACACAGAUACAGGGACAGGAACAGAGACAGAGAGUUCCGCUAAAAGCACAAAGCCAACCUCCAGCAUCAAUGACAUUAGCACAGAGGUGGUCCUUAAUCCUGUAAGGACCACAGGUGAGAGGGGGAGGUAUGGAACAACAAACUCUGGACAGUUAACAUUCUCCAACUCUGUCCCAUCGCAAUCCAGAAUCCCCUGGAAUUCCAGGAGAAGGCCCGGCCAGAGGAGACGCAACAACAGACCCAGAGGACGACCCACCGCCCCCCAGAAUUCCCCAGGUCCAACCUCCCCUCGCCAGAAUACCCCAGGUCCAACCUCCCCUCGCCAGAAUACCCCAGGUUCAACCUCCCCUCGCCAGAAUACCCCAGGUCCAACCUCCCCUCGCCAGAAUACCCCAGGUUCAACCUCCUCUCGCCAGAAUACCCCAGGUUCAACCUCCUCUCGCCAGAAUACCCCAGGUCCAACCUCCCCUCGCCAGAAUAGCCCAGGUCCAACCUCCUUUCGCCAGAAUACCCCAGGUCCAACCUCCUCUCGCCAGAAUACCCCAGGUUCAACCUCCUCUCGCCAGAAUACCCCAGGUUCAACCUCCUCGCGCCAGAAUACCCCAGGUCCAACCUCCUCUCGCCAGAAUACCCCAGGUCCAACCUCCCCUCGCCAGAAUACCCCAGGUCCAACCUCCUCUCGCCAGAAUAGCCCCAGAGCAGCACUUGCAGACCCCAGGGGACUGCCAGCAGCUGCAACAACCACUACUAGAACCACUACUACAACCACUACUAGAACUACUGCUCCAUCCUCUACUAGGAUCACUGCUCCAUCAAGCACAUCCGUCUCCCCCCCUGCUUUCUUUCCUGCCUCUCCCCCCCAGACACACACAGACAGGGUGACUCACUCAGCAUACACUGCUUCCCGGCUCCCUGACAGGUCCCAAACGACUAGCACACACACAGAGAUUUGCACACACACUCGCACACACACUGGCAAACAUACACCCACAGUCACAACAACUAGUACACACACAGACAAACAUACACCCACAACAACUAGUACACACACAGACAAACAUACACCCACAGUUACACACAGCGAUACAGACAAACAGAGUUAUGAUGAAACAGAGGGUCAGGUCUGGGCCACUCCAAAAGAGCAGGUUCCAUCUGUCUUCAACCAACACAACCCAGAGGAUAUCAAAACAACUCCCCUUCGGUCUGGAACCACACCAGGCAGAACAACACCUACUGGCACUGAGAAAGAACCCAGUGAGAUAGAACCCAGUGAGAUAAAACCCCUCUACCCAGCUGCUGAUGAAGAACCCAAUGAGGAAGAACCACCAGCCACUGAUGAAGAACCCAGUGAAAUAGAACCACCAGCAACUGAUGAAGAACACAGAGAAGUAGAACCACCAGCAACUGAUGAAGAACACAGAGAGAUAGAACCACCAGCAACUGAUGAAGAACACAGUGAGAUGGAACCACCAGCCACUGAUGAAGAACACAGUGAGAUGGAACCACCAGCCACUGAUGAAGAACACAGUGAGAUGGAACCACCAGCAACUGAUGAAGAACACAGUGAGAUGGAACCACCAGCCACUGAUGAAGAACACAGUGAGAUGGAACCACCAGCGACUGAUGAAGAACACAGUGAGAUGGAACCACCAGCCACUGAUGAAGAACACAGUGAGAUGGAACCAGUCUAUCUAGCACCUGAUAAACCAGAGGAGAGACAACCAGAUUCAGAAAUAAACAGCUCUCUUUCAUCUACAACACAACUACUGUCCCCAAACACACCUGAUACAGUAGCUCCCACUGUUUCAGCCACCACAUCCUCUACAGUCAUCACCUCCAUUAGAAGAACUAACACUAUAACUAUUCCUACAACUACUAUUCCUACUACCACUUUUCCCACAAAUACUACCACUAUUCCUACAACUACUACCACUAUUCCCACAACUACUACCACUAUUCACACAACUACUACCACUAUUCCUACAACUACUACCACUAUUACUACCACUAUUCCUACAACUACUACCACUAUUCCCACCGCUACUACCACUAUUCCCACAACUACUACCACUAUUCCCACAACUACUACCACUAUUCCCAGAAUUACGUCUACCACUCCUACUACUACAACAGUCUGGAGGAAUCCUGGGCUAAAUGCCAUCCCAGACUCACAUGGCAGUCGCUACCGCCCCCCACCUUACCCCAACGACCCACAACACCGUAUCACUAGGCCUGACCCAGUCAGAACUCCACCCCCAAUAAAACACGCACCCUCUCUCCCACACCGUGCCAACCCCAAACUUCUUCUCCCAGACAUUUUAGAGACCCCUUCCUCUGCAGUCCUCACCACAAGAGCUCCGUCCAGCCCUCCCAAGAUCUUCCCACCCACCACAGACCCUCAGGCCGGGGUCAACACAGGCUCUACUCCUCCUCGUUCCCCUCCCCUCUCUCCACACCGUAGUGUGACUGCCCAACGCCCCCCUCAGACCCCUGUCCUGCGUGUCAGGCCCCUUAUCACUCCCCCCCACGUACGCUCCAUGUCUGUCCCAGCUGAGAGUGAUGCCCUCCUGCCAUGCGAGGCCAUUGGACAGCCUCCUCCCACAAUCACCUGGAUCAAGGUCUCCACAGGAGCUGUGAUAUCACUGGACACCAAGGCAGAGCGUUUCCAGGUCCUACCCAACGGAACCUUUCUCAUCCGGAGCGUGCAGGUCCAGGACCGGGGGACAUAUAUCUGCAGCGCACAGAACUCUGUGGGUCUUGACCGCGUGAUGGUGACUCUGGAGGUCUGGUCCCGCCCACCACGCAUUCAGCUACCCACUCACAGAGAGGUCACGGUGCACCAGGGGGGAGAGGUGAGGUGGGAGUGUCGGGCUCAGGGGGUGCCUGUCCCUCUGCUGUCCUGGGUGCUACCUGACCGCUCCAUCCUGACCCCCGACCUUAACUCCAACCCUGCCCAUGGCCCUCACCCCCGGGUGUCUAUAUUCCCUAAUGGUACUCUGCGUAUUGUGGCUGUCGGCCCAGCAGACAGAGGACUGUAUCGCUGUGUAGCCUCCAACCCAGCAGGGACUAGCAGUCUGUCAGUCCGACUCCAUGUCUCCUUCCUGCCUCCAGCCAUUCAGCAGCCGAGAGAGGAGAGGGUAACCCUGCCAGCUGGCAUGCCUGUUUACGCCCACUGCUCUGCCCGGGGGGCCCCCGUUCCCUCCAUCCGCUGGAGGACCCCAGAUGGUACGCUGCUGCUCCCCUCUCAAUUCCUCAACGGGAACCUGUUUGUCCUCCCCAACGCCACCUUGCUGAUACGCCAGCUUUCCACUAAGGACUCUGGGAGCUAUGAGUGCCUGGCGACUAAUGCAGUAGGCGGGGAUAAGAGGACGGUGAGGGUGUUGGUGACUGGAGAUGAAGGAGGAGGUGUUGUCUCCACAGAUAAAACUACAUCCUCCUCUUCCAUUAACAGUAACUCUGACCUGAACCCCUCCUCAGCCGUCCUUAACCCUCCUCUCCGGCCCUCCUCCCCCCUCAGUAAGGCUAAGAUCCUCUCCACCUCUCCAUCCAGUUCUAUAGUUGUAUAUGGAGAAACUCUGCUCCUUCAAUGUUCAGUAACCGGCAACCCAGAGCCUAGAGUGGUCUGGAGGGUACCUGGCAAGAAACUAGUGGAUGCCCACUACAGUUUUGACAAGAGGAUGAAGGUACACAGUAAUGGAACGCUGUAUAUCCAGUCCAUGACGGAGAAAGACGGGGGGGACUAUUUAUGUGUCGCACGAAAUAAAAUGGCUGAUGACUACCGCCUCCUCCGUGUCACCGUGGUCACGAAGCCCGCUAAACCCGCUAAGAUUGAGCCAAAGCAGCCAUUCAAUCAGAAGGCGGUAUCGUAUGGAGCAGCUUUAAAGGUAGACUGUCUGGCCACCGGGCAGCCUGACCCCGCAGUGAGAUGGAGCCUACCGGACGGAACCUCAGUGAACAGCGUACUGUUGCAAGGGGACGAGAAAGGGGGACGGAGGAGGCGGCUGGUGGUGUUUGACAACGGGACUCUGUUCCUCCCGUCAGUGGGGAUGGGGGAGGAGGGGGAGUACGUCUGCCACGCUGAGAACCAGAUGGGGAGAGACUCCAUGAGGGUGAUGAUCAAAGUCCUUACCUCACCCCCUUCCUUCCAAAGAACGAGAUAUGAGGUCAUCAAGGUGCAACAAGGGGGCGUGGUGGCGCUGAACUGUGGGGCCAAAGGAGAGCCCAUCCCUACAGUCACAUGGUUCUCUCCAAUAAAUCGUGUCAUCCCUGUGGGGGGGUCCAGUCCAGUUGUAGUGCGGCCAGAUGGCUCCUUGGUGAUCCAGGGGGCUAGAGGGGCUGACGGAGGAAACUACACCUGCCGAGCCAGCAACGUGGCUGGGGAGAGGAGCAGGGUGAUGGGGGUGGAGGUGAGCGUGACCCCACCCAGCUUCACUCUCAAUGGGACUAGGGGUGGACUCGAUGGGACAGACAGACAUACAGCUGUUGUUAGCAGUAGUGGACUCAGUACUGUGAUCACCAUCAGUCAGUCUGCAGGGAGGGUUCAGUCGGGCAGGACUGGUAAUGGUGUCAGUAGUGGUAAUGGUGUCAUUAAUAAUGAAGUUAGUCAUAAUGGGGUCAGUAAUGUAGGGGACCAGAGGGUCUCAGCAGUAAGAGGCCAGACAGUUCUUUUGCCCUGUCCAUCCCAGGGCUUCCCUCCACCCCGCUUGGCCUGGUUGCUGCCUGGUAACGGGGUUCUCCCGGCGCCUUACUACGGCAGCAGACUCACUGUGCACCGCAACGGAACCCUGGAGCUGAGGGGGGUGAGGGCAAGCGAUGCUGGCCUGCUGGUGUGUGUUGCUCGCGGUGAGAGGGGCGAGGCUCAGAUUAUGGUACAUCUAGAGGUUUUAGACACACAGGACCCACCUCGCUCCAAUGGCCCAGUGACCACAGGGAAACCUCGCCCAGUAGGCCUAGUCAGCACAGAGAAACAUCGCCCAGUAGGCCUAGUCAGCACAGAGAAACCUCGCCCAGUAAGCCUAGUCAGCACAGUGAAACCUCACCCAGUAGGCCCAGUCAGCACAGAGAAACCCCACCCAGUGGGCCCAGAGAAACCUCGCUCAGGAUUCACAUUUACAGAGGAGACACCUCACCCCAGAGGCCCAGUCACUACUGAGAAACCUCACUUAGGAGGCCAAGUCAGCACAGAGAAACCUCGCCCAGUAGGCGGGGAUAAGAGGACAGUACCAGGAGUUUCAUUCCGAGGGGAUACACCUCACCCAAGAGGCCCAGUGUCAGAGGCAGCAAGGAGUGUCAUCCCGGAGAGGAAGCCUUUGGUCAUCAGCAGAUCAGCUUCUCUGAUCAGCAUCAUAAGCGGAGAGAAUCUACGGCUACCCUGUCCCCAGACAGACAGCCCCAGUCAGAGUUCCAGCCAGACCCAGUCUCUGACCUGGACGUUGCCCAGCGGGGUGAUCGUGUCUCGGGGCCAGAUAGCAGGGACGGGUCAGUACUCAAUCCUGGAUGACGGGACUCUGACUGUGCAGCAGGCGUCUGUGUUCGACAGGGGGACCUACUCCUGCCGAUCCACCAAUCAGGACACCUUGUCUAUCCUGACAGUUCCAGUGAUUGUCAUCGCCUACCCCCCUCGCAUCACCAACGGCCCCCCUCCCCUGACCUACACCCGGCCCGGAGUUGCUGUGCAGCUCACCUGCUACGUCAUAGCAACCCCCCGAGCAACCAUCACCUGGGAGAUGCCGGACCAAUCCCAGCUAAGGGUCACAGGUCAGGCCCGUCUCUAUGGCAACCGGUACCUGAGCCCCCAGGGUUCCCUAGUGAUCCAGAACCCGACCAGCAGAGACACUGGGUUCUACCGCUGUACUGCACGGAACGCCAUUGGAAUCGACACCAAGGCCACUUAUCUACAUGUGAUCUAACAGAACACACACACAGUGAGACCUGGUCCUGCUUAUCUUCGUGUCUGGAGGAGGCACACACACACACACUUUUUGCCCUAAGAAACUGCAAAGUUGAGUGCAGAAGAUACUGUUCAACCAAAGACUGAUAAAAGAUAGUAAUAGAGAAUAUAAAACCAAAUGCAUUUUUUGUGUUAUGCAUCUUUUUUUAACCUGUAUUUAACUAGGCAAGCCAGUUAAGAACAAAUUCUUAUUUACAAUGAAGGCCUACCCCGGCCAAACCCGGAUGACGUGGGGCCAAUUGUGCUCCGCCCUAUGGGACUCCCAACACAGCCGGAUGUGUUUCAGCCAUAAUGUGUUAUGCAUCUUACAGCCAUAGUGUGUUAUGCAUCUUACAGCCAUAGUGUGUUAUGUAUCUUACAGCCAUAGUGUGUUAUGUAUCUUACAGCCAUAGUGUGUUAUGCAUCUUACAGCGAUAGUGUGUUGUGCAUCUUACAGGCAUAGUGUGUUCUACAUCUUACAGCCAUAGUGUGUUACACAUCUUACAGCCAUAGUGUGUUACGCAUCUUACAGCCAUAGUGUGUUACACAUCUUACAACCAUAGUGUGUUACGCAUCUUACAGCCAUAGUGUGUUAUACAUCUUACAGGCAUAGUGUGUUACACAUCUUACAGCCAUAGUGUGUUAUACAUCUUACAGCCAUAGUGUGUUACACAUCUUACAACCAUAGUGUGUUAUGCAUCUUACAGGCAUAGUGUGUUACACAUCUUACAGCCAUAGUGUGCUGCACAUCUUACAGCCAUGGUGUGUUACACAUCUUACAGCCAUAGUGUGUUACACAUCUUACAGCCAUAGUGUGUUACACAUCUUACAGCCAUAGUGUGUUACACAUCUUACAGCCAUAGUGUGUUAUGCAUCUUACAGCCAUAGUGUGUUAUGCAUCUUACAACCAUAGCGUGUUACACAUCUUACAGCCAUAGUGUGUUAUACAUCUUACAGCCAUAGUGUGUUACGCAUCUUACAGCCAUAGUGUGUUACAUAUCUUACAGCCAUAGUGUGUUACGCAUCUUACAGCCAUAGUGUGUUAUGCAUCUUACAGCCAUAGUGUGCUACGCAUCUUACAGCCAUGGUGUGUUACACAUCUUACAGCCAUAGUGUGUUAUGCAUCUUACAGCCAUAGUGUGUUACACAUCUUACAGCCAUAGUGUGUUAUGCAUCUUACAGCCAUAGUGUGUUACACAUCUUACAGCCAUGGUGUGUUACACAUCUUACAGCCAUAAUGUGUUAUGCAUCUUACAGCCAUAGUGUGUUACACAUCUUACAGCCAUAGUGUGUUACACAUCUUACAGCCAUGGUGUGUUACACAUCUUACAGCCAUAGUGUGUUACACAUCUUACAGCCAUGGUGUGUUACACAUCUUACAGCCAUAAUGUGUUAUGCAUCUUACAGCCAUAGUGUGUUAUGCAUCUUACAGCCAUAGUGUGUUACACAUCUUACAGCCUUAGUGUGAGUUAUAAAAGCAAUGAGCAGCUCUGAGAAGCAACUGCAUCAUUCAACAACAAGAAAUAGUGUCAAAAUCACAGACUAUAUCAGGGAGUAAAAACAUCAGCUGUUGCAAUACACAUCAUGCAACAUAUUCAGCUCUGUAUUACAACCUUUCUGAACUUUUACCUCCAUAAUAUCUAAAAUGGCCUUUUGAGUCUUGUGUAUAGUUGUAUAUUUAUGAGCAGAACAAAUGUUUGAUAGUGGUCACAGAACUCCUCCAAUGAUAGUUCUGUGGAGCCACAGGAGGCUGCAGCACUCUGUGUCUGCAGCUGUCUGUGUCUACAGCGCUCUGUGUCUGCAGCUGUCUGUGUCUACAGCGCUCUGUGUCUGCAGCUGUCUGUGUCUACAGCACUCUGUGUCUGCAGCUGUCUGUGUUUACAGCGCUCUGUGUCUGCAGCUGUCUGUGUCUACAGCACUCUGUGUCUGCAGCUGUCUGUGUCUACAGCGCUCUGUGUCUGCAGCUGUCUGUGUCUACAGCGCUCUGUGUCUGCAGCUGUCUGUGUCUACAGCGCUCUGUGUCUGCAGCUGUCUGUGUCUACAGCGCUCUGUGUCUGCAGCUGUCUGUGUCUACAGUGCUCUGUGUCUGCAGCGCUCUGUGUCUGCAGCUCUCUGUGUCUGCAGCGCUCUGUCUGCAGAGCUCUGUGUCUGCAGCGCUCUGUGUCUGCAGCUCUCUGUGUCUGCAGCGCUCUGUGUCUGCAGAGCUCUGUGUCUGCAGAGCUCUGUGUCUGCAGCGCUCUGUGUCUGCAGCUCUCUGUGUCUGCAGCGCUCUAUGUCUGCAGCGCUCUGUGUCUGCAGCUCUCGGUGUCUGCAGCUCUCUGUGUCUGCAGCUCUCUGUGUCUGCAGCGCUCUGUGUCUGCAGCCCUCUGUGUCUGCAGACUCGACUACUCUUCCAGCCAUUAAGCUGUAGGCUACAUACAUCCCAAGAUCUGUCAAAUAAAAACAACAUUUAAAGUCUUUGAAGAUGGUAUUUGUAGUAAUUACAUAUUUUUGUAUACAGUAGCAUAUAUGUGUGUAUGGCUCCAGUGUCAGAUCACACAUGUGUAAUAUCCAUAUAAAAGCUGAUACCAUCA